AGGUUAGUUUGACAUUUCCGAGCCAAAAUGGCGUCCUCCCGCGUCCAGUUUCACUGAGUCUGGGGUCUAUCCCACUGAACACCAGGCCACUGCUGACUGACAGUGCUGACCAUCAUGGCGGAGGCAGGACAGACGGAAUCAGAGCAGGACAUCGAGAGCAAGGUCGAAGAAACACGACAGAGGUUUAAAAGCGAGUAUGUUGAGGAGUCCCAGGACAAAUACGACAGCAGAGACGUGGAGAAACUCCUGCGAGAUGACGCUCUGCUGGAAGGAUACCUCACGUGGAGACACUUCGUGGUGGACGACACCUUAAAGAUGAUCGACGAGAGCUUGCAGUGGAGGAGAGAGUUUCAGCUCAACGAUCUGGUGGAGAGCAGUAUUCCCCGCUGGAUGUUCGAGAGCGGCGCCGUUUACCUUCACGGAUACGACAAAGAAGGGAACAAACUCUUCUGGUUCAGAGUGAAACUCCACGUGAAGGAUGCCAAGACGACACUGGAUAAGAAGAGGUAUGUGGCGUUCUGGCUGGAGCGCUACGCUAGACGCGAGCCAGGAAUGCCGCUGACGGUGGUGUUCGACAUGUCCGAGUCCGGAAUCAGUAAUAUCGAUAUGGACUUUGUGAAAUAUAUCAUUAACUGCUUCAAAGUGUACUAUCCAAAGUUUCUUUCCAAAAUGAUCAUGUACGAGAUGCCCUGGAUCAUGAAUGCCGCCUGGAAGAUCGUGAAGACAUGGCUCGGCCCUGAUGCCAUCAGUAAACUCAAGUUCGUCACCAAGAGUGACAUCCAGACGUUCAUCGGGCCCGAACAUCUGCCGCCGUACAUGGGAGGAACGGACCAGUUCAAGUACAGUUAUCCGCCUCUCCCGGACGACGACUUCCAGUCUCCAAUCUGUGAAAACGGUCCAAUCGUCAGCGAGGAUGAGAGUGACAUCAAGGAUCUAGAGUCCGACUCCAAAGAAACUCUCGAGUCCAGUUUCAAUGCUGAGCAAUCCAUCAGACCAAAGAAGGUGAAUUUCAUUGAAGAAGGUCAAAGGUCAGAUGAUGUGGACAGAGGAGAACCGGGACGCCUGAGAGGGGCUAGAAAACCCACGACCACUUUCAAGGGCACGUUACUGCACAUCAGUCCUGCAGAAGAGCUCAGCUUCGGCGCUAAGGAAUCAGAGAAGAGGUGUUUGAUCGUCCUCAACAACGUCACCAAAAACCACGUGGCCUUUAAGGUACGGACCACGGCUCCAGAGAAGUACCGAGUUAAGCCCAGUAACAGCAGCUGUGCGCCCGGCUCCAGUGUGGACAUCGUGGUUUCUCUUCACGGAGGCUUCCAGGCGUCUCCUCAGGACCGGUUCCUGGUCAUGGCGGCCGAGACGGAGAGCGGCACCGGAGUCCCAGAGCUAUCUCAGUUCUGGAAGGAGGUUUCAAAAGCCAAAAUCAUGGAGCACAGGCUACGCUGUCACGUCCUAGAGAGUCCCAAGUCUAUCCUCAGCAAUUCAUUCGAUAGUUCGUCAGUGACGUCCACCAAUGAGCAUCAGGAUCUGCAGACGAUGCUGGCGCGUGUGAUGCUGACGAACGCUCGACUGGAGCAGAAGCUGGACCGCUGUGUGUGGAUGCAGAAAGUUCUUCUGGUUCUGCUGUCGUUUGCCCUGGCUCUCAGCUUCACUACGGCCUACUCGCUGUGGACCUCCUGAAACCGGCCUGAGGCUCACAGACCCAACCGCAGAACCGUGCGCAUCACCAUGAUGUCAUCAGAACCGUGCGCAUCACCAUGAUGUCAUCAGAAGCGUGCGCUUUUACCCGGAACACCACGAUGAUGUCAUCAGAAGCGUGCGCAUCACGAUGAUGUCAUCAGAACCGUGCGCAUCAUGAUGAUGUCAUCAGAUCCGGUCCAAGGCGACUGUAUUGUGUUUUUAUCACUCACUCUCGGAGAGAAUGAACCACUUUAAUUUAUACAUUUAUAAAACACGAUCAUGCAAAUGUAAUUGACUGACUUUGAUUUAUAUAUAUAUAUAUAUAUAUUGUUCCGCUUUUACCCGGAACACCACGAUGAUGUCAUCAGAACCGGUCCGAAACGACUGUGUCGUGUGUUUUUAUCACUCGCUCUCAGAGAAUAAACCAGUUUAAUUUAUAAAACAUGUUGUGUAAAAAUUCUCAAGAUCAUGCAAAUGUAAUUAACUCAGUUUGAUUUUUAAUAUAUAUAAAUAUAUAUAUAUAUAUAGUAUUUUAUAAAAGUAUGAAUGAAUGUCUGAACAAUAAAAUGACACUUUUUGUCGCCACUUUUAUAA